GAGGCCGCGGUCAAUCUGGAGGCCUUCGCGGCGCUGCCCGACGACCUCAAGCAAGCGGUGCAGUACGCCUGCGAAUCGCUCUAUUACGUGGUCACCAGCGAGUACAACACCAACCACGCCAAGGCCCUCAAGCUGCUGGUCGAGGAAGAGGGCGUGCAGGUCAGGAAGCUGCCCGACGAGGUCAUGGUCGCGCUGGGCAACGCGGCCGGCGAGGUGAUCGCCGACCUGCGGGGCGACGAGGACGAGCUGGUCACCCGCAUCGUCGAAUCCUUCCUUGCCUACCGGGCCUCGAUGGCGGACUACAAGCCCUACGCCGACCAGGGGCAGAUGGCCGCGCGCGGGCUCGACUUCGACUACGGUCUGGAGGCGGUGAACCGCACGCUCGGCCGCUGGGUGCGCUGGGCCGCGCUGGCGAUGCUGCUGCUGCAGUUCGCCAUCGUGGUGCUGCGCUACGUCUUCGGCAUGGCCUUCAUCUUCGCCCACGAAGGGGUGCUCUACCUACACGCCACGCUCUUCAUGCUGGGCGCCGGCUACACCCUGCUGGCCGACGGCCACGUGCGGGUCGACAUCUUCUAUUCCGAGAUGGGCGCGCGUAAACGCGCCCUGGUCGACCUGCUGGGCAGCCUCUUCCUGCUGAUCCCCACCUGCCUGGUGCUGCUGGUCUUCACCUGGGGCUUCGCGGCCAAGUCCUGGGCCAUUCUGGAGGGGCCGAUCUCGGUCGGCGGCAUCCCCGCCUCCUUCCUGCUCAAGAGCCUGAUCCCGGCCUUCGCCCUGCUGCUGCUGGUCCAGGGAGCGCUAGACCGCACCAUGCUGGACAGCCUCGACCUGGUCAUGAUCGCCGCGCUCUGCCUGGGCAUCCUGGCCGGCUACCCGGUGGUCUUCACCCUGUCCGGCAGCGCCGUGCUGUUCGCCCUGCUGGGCCUGGCGGUCGGCGCCUUCGACAUCGGGCUGCUGGGUGCGCUCAGCACCCGCGUCUUCGCGAUCCUGACCAACGAGGUGCUGGUCGCCAUCCCGCUGUUCGUGCUGAUGGGGCUGCUGCUGGAGCGCUCGCGCAUUGCCGAGGAGCUGCUGGAGGAGAUGGGCCGCCUGUUCGGCGCCCUGCGCGGCGGCCUGGCGGUCUCGGUGAUCGCGGUCGGCGCGCUGCUGGCCGCCUCGACCGGCAUCGUCGGCGCGACGGUGACCACCAUGGGCCUCAUCGCCCUGCCGACCAUGCUGCGGCUGGGCUACGACAAGCGCCUGGCGGCCGGCACGGUCUGCACCGCCGGCACGCUGGGCCAGAUCAUCCC